GCCCAAAAAGCAACUAUCACCACACCUGUCUGCUUCGCGACAAUCAAUCUUCUCUCUUUACUUUGCCUUUUCUCUUUCAGAAAUUCAUCAUAUUUCUCCUCUUUUCCGUUCAAUUCAAUUUCCCUUUUCCCUCUCCGACUCACGCAAUCUGCGUUCCCCACCACCACUUUGCGUCGUGUCCCCAUCUCUCUUUCUUUCUCUGAAUUUCCGCAUUCCAAUUUCACGCCUCCUUUCUCGGUUUUCGGAUUUCUUAGGGCACGAGCAUCGCAUCGGGGGAGCAGAGAGAGCUUUCGUCCGCGGCAACAAUGGCGGAAAACGGUGAGGAGAAGCUCAUAGCCGUCGCACGCCACAUCGCCAAAACCCUCGGCCACACCGACACCAUGACCGACGACAUUUUGAAGAUUUUCUCCAGCUUCGACGGAAGGCUGCGCGAGAAAUUGGCUGAGAAGCUCUCCGACGACGGAAUGGAACAAAUCCUCGACGCAAUCGACCACCAGAUCACUCAAUUCAUCUCCUCCGACCGCCCGAUUUGGUCCACCGGCUCAGAUCCCGGCGCCUUCCUCGAUUCGGUCGACCAAUUGAUCUCCGCCGUGCGCGAUUGGACGCCGCUGGCCGACGAUAAGAAGAUCUCUGCCUGCCUCGACCGCGCCGAGGAUCUGCUCCAGCAGUCGAUGUUCCGCCUCGAGGAGGAGUUCCGAACCCUAGUCGAGCGCGGCGCCGAGUCUUUCGACGCGACUCAGGCGGAAUCGGCUCACCCGCACCAUCCCGAUUUCUCCGACGAGGAUGACGAUUUCGGCGACGAGGACGAGAAUUUCAUCCCCGUGGCGCAGCCUAUCACGGACUACGACAUCGUGAUCGACGCCCUGCCGCUCGGGACGGUCGGCGAGCUCCACCAGAUCGCGAAGCGGAUGGUGGCGGCAGGGUACAUGAAGGAGUGCGCUCACGCCUACAGCUCGUGCCGGAGGGAUUUCCUCGAGGAGAGCUUCUCGCGUCUUGGCCUUCAGAAGCUGAGCAUCGACGAUGUCCACAGAAUGCAGUGGACUCAGCUGGAGGAUGAAAUCGAGAAAUGGAUCAAGGCCAUGAACGUUGCGUUUAGGAUCCUCUUCCCAAGCGAGCGCCGCCUCUGCGAUCGUGUUUUCCUCGGUUUAUCCUCGGCUGCCGAUCUCUCAUUCAUGGAGGUCUGCAGAGGCUCCACAAUUCAGCUGUUGAACUUCGCUGACGCCGUGGCGAUAGGGAGCCGCGCUCCGGAGCGAUUGUUCAAGGUGCUCGAUGUCUACGAGACGGUUAGGGAUUUGAUACCCGAAUUUGACAUAAUUUUUUCCGAUCAGUAUUGUGUGUCUUUGAGGAAUGAAGCGGUUACUAUUUGGAAAAGAUUAGGUGAAGCAAUUAGGGGGAUUUUUAUGGAAUUGGAGAAUUUAAUCCGUAGAGAUCCGGCUAAGGAGCCCGUCCCCGGUGGCAGAAUGCAUCCGAUCACUCGAUACGUGAUGAAUUACCUCCGUGCUGCUUGCCGGGCUAGGCAGACACUGGAGCAGGUUUUUGAAGAGAGCAUUGCUGGUGGUGGAAGCAAUCUUGAUUACAGAAAAGGGGAUGAUGCGGCCUUGGUGUCGUCAUCGUCUUUAGGGGUCCAAAUAGCGUGGAUCAUGGAGUUGUUGGAGAGUAAUUUGGAGGCUAAGUCGAAGAUUUACAAGGAUACGGCACUGUGCGCUGUGUUCAUGAUGAACAACGGGAGAUACAUUGUGCAGAAGGCGAAGGACAACGAGCUGGGGAUGCUGUUGGGUGAGGAUUGGAUUAGGAAACAUGCGGCAAAGGUGAGGCAGUAUCAUGUGAACUAUCAAAGAAGUUCUUGGAGUAAGGUUUUGGGGGUUCUGAAAGCUGAGGGCAGCUCGAUGUCGCCUAAUGAGACGUCAAAGAAUCUGAAGGAGAAGCUGAAGCUAUUCAAUUCCUACUUUGAGGAGAUUUGCAAGGUGCAGUCUUCUUGGGUGAUAUUCGAUGAUCAGUUGAGAGAUGAGGUAAGGGGCUCGAUUACAGGGACGUUGUGCCCUGCGUAUAGGAGCUUCAUGGGUAGGCUGCAGGGGGCUUCGGAUAUUGGUAAGAACGCAGAUAGGUAUAUCAGGUUUAAUGUGGAGGAGGUGGAGGCCCGGAUCAGCCAGCUCUUUGUGGAAGGAAGCAGUGCAAGAAGGUAAGAUCAUCAGAUGCAAGUAUAAAAAAGUGAUCUUGUUCUGUUUGUUGUAUUGUAUGAUGGUAUACAUGAUUGUAGCUUCUAAAAUAUUUGUUUGUUUAUGUCUAUUUUGGCCCUUUUUUUUAUCUGCGAGAACUCUUUACAGGAAUUGUAUGUUAAAAUUGAGACCAUGUUCGUGGUAUGCUGAGAUGUACUAUAAUUCUGCA